CACACAUCAGGUUGACGCCGCCACGGGUGGACGUAUCGCGAUGUUCGUGUUCCUAAGUUUACUUGUGUUUGCGUACGCGCAAGAUAAUCAAGCUAAUCUCUCUGUAAACACGACCCAAGGUGUGGUUAUCGGCAGCCGAGCCACCGAUGGAAAUUAUUACACGUUUUAUGGUUUACAUUAUGGUGGAAAUACAGCCGGAGAAAACAGAUUUAAGGCACCAACACCACCACCAACAUAUCCUGGAGAAUACUAUGCCAUCGACAACAAAGUCAUUUGUGCCCAACCAUCUCCUAGAGGUCUCAUCGGAGUUGAAGACUGUCUAGUACUAAAUGUUUUCACACAAAAUGCUACCGGAAACCGACCGGUAAUAGUAUGGCUCGAAAGUGAGGAGUAUACUACAACCAGGCAAGAACUAUACUCAUUCAAUAAACUGGUUGAACAUGAUGUUGUGUUGGUUUCCAUAAGCUACAGAUUAUCUAUAUUUGGGUUUCUUUGUUUGGGAGUACCAGAUGCACCAGGUAACGCUGGAAUAAAGGACGCAAUCCAGGCUUUAAAAUGGAUCCAGCAGAAUAUUGCCGGUUUUGGUGGAGAUCCGAAUAAUGUGGCUAUACUAGCACAAGGAUCAGGCGCAGCGAUGGCCGAAUUGAUUACCUUAUCGCCUCUAUCGCAAAAUUUACUGCAUAAAGUUAUAGCCAUAAGUGGCUCAGCGUUAUCACCGUGGGCCGUAGCAUACGAACCUGUGAAAUACGCUAAAAGUUUAGGAGAAAAGCUGUCAUACACUGAUAAAUCGAAUGCAGAGCUGGCCAAGUUACUGGCAUCAACGGAUCUAAGCAUUUUAACUCCAGCACUAAAUGAUUUCGAAUUCUUCAACAAUACUCCACUUUUUGCACCGUGCAUCGAGGAAGCAAGUCUGGGAGCAGGCAGUGUUUUGACAGAUUCACCAAUAAACUUAAUCCGUAAUGGUAACUACAACGAUGUCCCGUACAUCGCUGUUUUUGUUGAUCGAGAAGGGACACUGCGAGCUGAACAAGCCGCAGUAAACGACUGGCUAGGUAAAAUGGACAAGAACUUUACCGAUUUCAUACAAGUCGAUCUGAAAUUUGAAUCUGAAAGCAAUAAAUCUGCUGAAGCGCAAAAAAUAAGAGAUUUCUAUUUCGCACAAAGAGUUAUCGCUAUGGAUACAAUUGAAGAUUUCUUAGAUUACCAGGGUGAUACCUUGGUAGCGGUGUCUGUAAUCCGAGGAGUGGCCGAGAGAUCGAAAACUUCUAAAUCGCCAGUGAGGCUAAUGGAGUUUGCUUAUCGCGGUACCCGAAACUCAGACUGGUCAUAUCCACAAAUACCUCUUAAAGGGGCAAGGCAUGGUUCAUUGCUCAAUUACUUAUUUGACUUUGAUUUAAGGCCAAGCGACGCUGCCGUACAAGAUGCAAUCAUUAGACGUUUAGUAGCUUUUGUUAAAGUUGGAGACCCGAAUCCAACUAAUUACGUCAACCCUGGAAUUCCAUGGAAUACCUACACUCGGGAGUCAACAAUAGCCUUGCGUAUCAGUGGCGAUGAUGAAAUCUUAGCUGGAAGAAGCUUCCAAGAGGAGGCGAGAGUUAACAUUCACCAACAAAGAAUGGACUUCUGGAAUUCCAUGUACGAGAAGUAUUACAAUCCGCCACAACCGACAUCUUCAGCUGAGGGGCUGUUAUGUUUGAGUCUACUGUUAACAUUAAGUCAAAUUUUAAUUAAAUUGCUCUGAGGAACUCGUCCAUAAAGUUAAUUCCAGUUUGGACAUGUCUACACUAAUGUUAUAUAGACGAAAGAUUUAAACACUACAACCACUGAACCGAUCUUAAACAUUCUUAUUAAAACAUAAAGAUAGCGAGUUAAUUAACUACGUAACAUUACUAUGAUCGAAUAAUGUACCAUAUUUUGAUAAGAUGAAUGAUACUUGUACUGAGAAAUAUUAGAAUAAUAAAAAGUUGUAGUUUUGAAAAAUGCAAGAAGUGUCAUAAACUAAAAACUGUUUUAACAAUAAUAAUGUAUCUGAGUAUUCUCUAGCUCAGUGUUUUCCAACCUUUAUUCAUACGUUGUUAAGAAACUUGUAUGUUCAGUUAAGAAAUGUUUGGUUUAACGAAGAAAUCACUAAGAAAUUGUUAACGAAACAAUAAGUAAAUUUUCAAAACAUAAUGAAAAUCUGAAAUUCAAAACCAAUAAUUUUAAUAAAGAUUUAUUCAGUGAGAUGCUUGCUGCACAAAGAUUUUAUAUUAGAUUCCAUUUUUUGUUAGCUUCUGUAUCAAGCCUCAAUGUUGUAUUAUAUCCAACUGAUUGUGGAUGCCCCUUUUAACAAUCAACUUUCCCCCUGUGGGGCUAGGCCACCUUGGGAAACACUGCUCUAGCUGAUAAUUUAGAAAAUAAAAAUUGAGUUCUAUUACUCAAGAGACAAAUAGGAUAUUAAAAAUUAUAACUAAUGUGAUUUCAAUUAAAUUAAUAUCUUGUCCAAAUAUUUACAAAGAAUGUAUCUUUAUUUUUGUAACUAACGUCAAAGACCAAUUAUAACUAACUUUAACACGAUAAUGUUAUGUUAAAUAUGUUCUAUAACAUGUUAACACGGAAAAGAAAUACAGAUAUUAAGUUCA